GGGCGUGUGCAGUGUACAAUAAUCGCGGUACGUGGUUAAAGCAAGGAAGAGCAAUACGUAAAUAAUUGAACGGUAUAACGUGUUGCGGAAACCGGAUAUAAGAUGCUGGAGAUGUACAACGUGCCGAUUACAGUUACAACAGCGGCUUCUCGAUCGUUUUUCGACCGUCUGUGCGAUCCGUUCUUCUCGGCGUUUCGCGUUUUGGGCAUGUGCCCGUACACGAGAAAUCGAAACGGCGUUUUCCGCAAGAAAAUCGUGUCCGCCUCCGCGGUUUACACCCUUCUAACGGGCGUGGUGUGCGGGUACUUAACCGUAAGAGUGAUUAAGGCGCGUUUCCAGCUUCCGCCGCCCGUCCCAAUGUCCGACUUCAAUUGCCUACUGAUGGGGUUCAGCUACAUCACGUUCUUCUCUCCAUCACUCGUCGUGCCGAUACUCAUGUGGUUCGAGACAAGCAAACUCCAGGCGUACCUGCACGAAUGGCAGGUUUUCCAAGAAAAUUACAAUAGAGUGAUCGGUAGGUCGGAUGAGGCCGUGACGCUAGUCGAGAGAAGAGUGAACGGGAUCUUCCGAUCGAUAUUAGCGUUGCUAUCGAUCGUGGGGGUCACGUUCGCGUGGACUUCAGCCUUAAACGACGUGCCCGCGUUAGUGUGCGCAAUGAAGAGCAUCUCGACAGUAGCUCUAAUCACGGGAUUCUGGUCGGUCGGUACAAAAGCGAUAGCCAUAAUCAACGAGAACUACAGGAAAAAAUUGCAAAUGGAAACCGGUGCACUGCACGCCCAUCAGAUCGAGGACUACCGGCUGCUGUGGAUACGGACGAGCGGACUGGUGCGGGAGUCCGGCGAUCACAUGCCGGCCACGAUGACGUUUUGCGUGCUGUACACCGCCGCGGCCGUCACGCUGUCCGUGUACGUGCUGGCCGUGUGGGGCGUGACGCUCGUCGCCCUGGCCCGUUACGAGGAGCUGGCGCUGGUCGGCGCGGUGCUCGUCGGCAACGCCGCGUCGCUGUACGUCUACUGCGACUGCGGCCACAGCCGGUCCGGCAAUUGCGUCGAUAACGUGGUUUUCCUGAUUCUGAAAAUGAAAUCGUCAAUGACAUGGCAGAAGUCCAACUACAUACAAAUAACGCUAUUUUUGAAUGCCGUAAAUCAAUAUCCACCGAAAGUGAACGUGCUCGGAUUCUAUGAAAUCAAUCGAGGAUUAUUUGGCUCGAUUUUAUCAUUACUUGUGACGUACCUCAUAGUUCUUGUGCAACUGAAUUCUUCGUUUGCUCCUGCUCCAUCAAGCAAUGGAUUUAAUAAUAACAACACAUUAACAUAAUGGAUGACAAUAAUA